CCUAUUCAAAAAAAAAAAAAAAAACAAAGAAGAAGAACGCAAGAUUAUUGAAGAACCUUUAAGUUUGGUACACACACAUUCAUUUAAAUCAAUUGAUGUAGCACACACGAGUUAAAUAAAGAAUUUCAUAAAUAAAUGCUCUAUUUAAUAUUGCCCGACGUUCAGCAUGUUGAAGUCCAAGCAAUUGCUUAAACAAUUUGCCAAAGAAUAUGCCAACUUUGCGCCCGCAAAUUUUCAAUUGAAGCGCGCCCUGGUCGUGACGAAGCUAUCGCGCUAUGAACUGGAGCAACUGCGUCAUCCGGAACUAACGCGCGAACAGCUCGAACAGAAGCUACGUGAUCGCGGCACAGACGUGGAAAUGGUCCUCUAUUUGCACAAUCUGCACAAAGAUUUCGAGCGGCGCAUUGUGCAAAGCUUCCAGGACGUGGGCUGCGAGGUGAAGCUCUCCAGCAGCUCUCUGAGCAAGGAUGUCAUGAGCUGGGCGGAUGUUAUUGUGCCCGUUGGCGGCGAUGGCACCUUUCUGCUGUCCGCCAAUCGUGCCAGUCCCUUGUUUGCCCUCAGCCAGCAGAAAACACCGAUUGUUGGCUUCAAUUCGGAUCCACAGCGUUCGGCGGGCCGCCUUCUGUUGCCCAAAUACUUUUCGGAGAAUCCCGAGGAAGCUGUCAGCCGCAUCAAAAGCGGCGACUUUAAGUGGAUGCAUCGCUCACGCAUACGCACCACCAUGCUGGGCAGCAAUGGCAAGAUACCCGAGUCGACGGACCUGUUCAGGCACACGGCCGUCAAGAUGGAGCAGGUGGAUACGGCGCCAGAAAUGCUCGACGAGCACAUGGCCAACAAGUACAAGGCCAAAAUGAAGCGUAUUCUGCCCUAUUUGGCGUUGAACGAGGUCUUCAUUGGUGAGCAUAUUUCGGCACGCGUCUCACAUUUGCAACUGGUGCUGGACCAUCAGGAUCUGGUGAACAAAACCAAAUGUUCUGGCCUAUGCGUAAGCACCGGCACUGGCUCCACAUCCUGGCACACGAGUAUCAAUCGCAUUACCAGCAGCGAUGUGGACGAUCUGCUUAAAUCGCUGCCCAACAGCGAUUCGCCCGAUGUGCUUCGGCUGCGCGAAAAUGUUGACGAAAUAGCACAGCGCUAUAAUCAGGGUCUGCUGUUUGCGCCCGACGAUCCGCGCCUGUGCUACUCCAUACGGGAACAAAUCUGUGUGGGCGUCUGGCCCUCCCCAUCCACAUUCAAAGCCCGCGAUUUUGUCCAGAGCGUGUUCAUCAAAUCGCACUGCAUCGAUGCCAAUCUGGUCAUUGAUGGCAGCAUUUCGUAUCCAUUUAACGAUGGCGCCAAAGUGCUGCUGGAGAUCUGUCCCGAGGAUGCGCUGCUAACGAUCGCCCUAGACUGAAACACUGAAGAAACUGAUAUAGCAAAAGUGCCUGCUCCGUUAACUGAAGGCUGCUACGACUACAUUUUUGAAGCAUGUCUUGAAUUAUUGAAAUUACAUAAAUAUUUAUAUGAUGCGUUUCGCAACUGCUUA